CGCUCCCAGCACCCAGACCCCGCAGCGCCCCCGUCUCCAGCCAUGCACCACACUUCCCAGACCUUCUUCACUCGGGCCAGCGCCGGCGCCCCCCCGAACUAUGAGAUGCUCAAGGAGGAGCACGAGGUGGCCGUGCUGGGGACGCCCCACGGCCCCGUUCCCACGACGUCCACCGUGAUCCACGUCCACAGCGACACCUCCGUGCCCGACCACGUCGUCUGGUCCCUGUUCAACACGCUCUUCCUGAACGUCUGCUGUCUGGGCUUCAUCGCCUUCGCCUACUCCGUGAAGUCUAGGGACAGGAAGAUGGUGGGCGACGUGACCGGGGCCCAG